AUGGAUGUGUCGUUUUCGCCUAGGCAGGGCAUGUGUGCUCGCCGGCAGAAAACAGCUCCAGACUCGCAUCAAACCAUUUCCCCCGUGCAUCGCAUCAUCAUGGCUUGCUUCGAGAUUGUGACGAAACAGGUUGUCGUGCUGGGUGACCGAAGCUGGAUGCCAACCCAAAAGAGCGUCGACGACCGGGUGUUCUGUGCUGUCUCGAAAUGGUCCCCGCAGCUUGUGAAAAUGAUCACAGGCAAACGACUGGACUUGCGGUCCGGCCAAGGGGAAUCAUCGGGGUCGCUGAACAUAAAGCUCUUUGACGAUUUGAUCGAGAAGAGGCAGGCUGCUUGCGACAAGCUGCUGGAAGAGGCCCUGAGGGACGAUGAAGCCGACGACGAGCCCAAGAAGAAGAAAAGCAAGAAGGAUAAGGUGAAGGCUUUGGCCAAGCACGUGCACCUGUUGCCGGCGAUCGUCGACAUUACGAUCGAUGGCUUUCAGCUGUCGAUCCUCAGCGAGGGCCUGUCUACCGGGAGCAUCUUCGUGGAGAUGCUCUCCGAAAAUUUCAAUUGGCUCAUGGAGCAGGCGAAUCGACAAAUGCCUGUCGAUCGGAAGAAAAGAAGGCACAGCUCCCGGGACAAGACCGAUGCCAGCGAGGAUUCCGACAAGGAGGCCAAGGUUCCAGCGGCGAAAGCCAAGGGCAAGGCCAAGGCAAAAGCUAAGAGCCCGGCCCUGAAGAGCAUCCUGAAUGGCUCCCCGGCCAAGAACCCGGCCCCGAAGGGCAUCGUUGGUGACAUGUACUUCAAGCACCCAGACGUGCAGGCCAUGAACGUGCCUGCCAGCCCUGGCGGGUGGCUCUACUGGAACGACGAUGUGGGAGACUUUAAAGCUUCUGUGAUAUGCCUGGAAGGCCACGAGGAGUCGGACACCGUGGAGGUGGACGUCGAGGAUCCAGCGGCCGAGCCCAGCAUGCCCGACAUGUCUUUUUUCCAUUUUCUUUUGCAUGAGCCGCCUCCGAAGAGGUACAUGGACCCCGUGCCAAAGACCAAGGCUUUGCCCGCGAACUGGGACGAAGGAGAUCUGAUGCCGGACUCGAAGGGCAAAGGGCAGUACGUGUCGCUUUCAUCGACGAGCACGGCCAGGCUUGCCUUGGUCUUUGUGAUGGUGCUUCAGGUUUGCCUCUGCUUGCUGCUGGCCCCGUUGCAGGAGUGGGCGGCGGGCAUGGGGAGAAAGAGGGCCCGGACACGUGGUGGCCAAGGUGUCCGGGCACUCCAGGCCCAAGGGGCACUCGAGGAAUCGAGAAGCCACAUGGAGGACCCUUGCUGCUUGCCAAUCCACGAGAACAGCAAAGCUGAAGACACCGCGAGCCCCGACAUGCAGGACUUGCGGGCCUCCCUCCACACCAUGGGGGUCAUGGCCGAGACGAUGAACCUGCAAGAAAAGCGAUCCCAUGGUUCCCGCCUGGCACCCCUGGUUUGUGGCCUGGAGACCAGGGGAGUGUUCGCAAGCAGGGCUACAGCAGCUCGCUUUGUGCAGAGCAUCUGUGCUAUAUCCGGCCGUGCCAUGGCAGCUGCUUUCCUUCGACAGCUGAACCAGCUCCUCCAGACCCAGCAGCCCAUCAUGGGAGAUCAAUGGACUUCUCUCUUGGCUGCUCAGAGCGAGGCCGCCAUCAGAACGAUUCGUCAAAGCCACAUCACAGUCGAGGAGGGUGCAGAGAUCUGCAGCUUGGUGCAGCAGGGCCUUUGGUCACACGAGCAGAAGCAGGCCCUGGGUGCAGCCGUCUCCCAGACCUGGGCAGGCAGCACUCCAGCAAAUGCCAAGGCCAAGAAGAAGAACCAGGAAAUUCUCAACUUCUGGGGUUUCUUGGGCGCCGAGGACCGGAGAGUUUUGUCCAGCGACGACACCCUCGUCAUGAGGCUGACUCACACUGCUCAGAUAAUGGCUCGACUGGAGAUGUUCUGGCCAUCAGAACAGUCUGUGGGACACAUCAUCAAGACCCUGCAGAGUUGCAACAAUACUGGCUUGCAGAGCCCCGACGAGUUCCAUUCGGCUGUCGUGUGCCUCAAGAAGAAGGUGAAGACCAUGCUCAAAGAUGCUUCCUGUGGCGAGUUCGUCGCCAAGUACACUCGGCCUGAGGAUCUUCCACCACACACCCGAGAUCGCUUCGCAGAUGCCUUGGGAGGUGAGCUGCCUGGAACAAUGGUGCUGGCCCGUGAUGCUCUUCGUGGCAGUAACAAAAGCCUCUCUUUCCACAAGAGCAACACUGCCAUGGUGCUGGGUGGUCCAGCAGCAGGCCCGGCAAUGCACAUGCCCCACACCAUGCAGGGUAUGAUGCAGUUCUGGGGCAGCAUGGCAGCUAACAUGUUCAACCAGCAGCAGCAAAUGGCGAAGAAGAACGAUGGAUUGCCUGGGUUGAAAAUCUUCGGCGACCCAGCUGCUGCCGCCUCGUCUGGGACGAUGGCCUCCUCGCCUGCUCAACAGCAGGCCUUGCAGCUUCCUACAGUUACCAAUGAACCGGCACAGGGCAGCGGAAAAAAGCAGGCCGAGCAACAGGGAGUGCUGGCCAGCAAGGAUCCUGUCAGUGCUGCACAACAUGCAGAUGAAAUGCUUCAAGCUUGGAAGGGCGACAACAAAGGGUUCGACAGCACCGUCGAGGCCGAGGCCAAGGAAAACGAGGCGAAGCACAAGGCAAAUAAGAAGCCCAAGGCUGCAGCCAAGGCCAAGGGUAAAGCCAAGGCCAAGGCUAAGGCGAAGGCCAAGUGCACGGCCAUGAAGUCCCAGCCCAAAGCAAAGUCGCAGCCCAAGGCGAAGGCCAAGGCUGCUUGCAAGGCGAAGGCGAAGUCGCAGCCGAAGAAGGUCCAGAAGGCUUUGAAGAAGUUCACUCGAGAAGAGGUCCGAUGCAUGACUUUGUCGGCUCGCAUCAAGCUGCGACCCAAUGGGUGUGGCAAGUGCCGGAACAGGCCCGGCUGCACACCGUCGUGCUUUGGCCCGUGA